AUGGUUUUUACAUUUCAGGUGAAAUUGCAUGUUAAGUCAGUUUCUGAUUUUGAGUGGCUUAAACAAAGCCGAUUUUAUUUUGAUGAUGAAGAAGAUAAAACCAAUUGCAUUAUUACGGAUGUGAUAAAUAUUUAUCAGAAUGAAUUUAUCGGAUGCACCGAAAGAUUAGUUAUUACCCCUUUAACAGAUAGAUGCUAUAUUACAAUGGCACAGUCUUUAGGUAUGUCUAUGGGAGCAGCUCCAGCAGGUCCCGCUGGAACUGGUAAAACAGAAACAGUUAAAGAUAUGGGAAAAGCAUUGGGAAAAUACGUGGUUGUGUUCAAUUGUUCGGAUCAAAUGGAUUUUAGAGGUUUAGGAAGAAUAUUCAAAGGAUUGGCCCAAUCAGGCUCAUGGGGUUGUUUUGAUGAAUUCAAUAGGAUUGAAUUGCCUGUUUUAUCAGUUGCAGCUCAACAAAUAUGUAUUGUGUUAAUGGCUAAAAAAAAUAAAAAAAGAACUUUCGUCUUUUCUGAUGGUGAUACAGUCAGCAUGAAUCCAGAGUUUGGCAUUUUUUUAACCAUGAAUCCCGGUUAUGCUGGAAGACAAGAAUUACCUGAAAAUUUAAAAGUUAUGUUUCGGACAGUUGCUAUGAUGGUCCCAGACAGAAUGAUUAUUAUUCGCAUUAAGUUAGCAAGCAAUGGAUUUUUAGAAAAUGUUCUGCUAUCCCAAAAAUUUUAUGUCCUUUAUAAGUUAUGCGAAGAACAGUUGUCUAAACAAGUCCACUAUGAUUUUGGACUGCGUAACAUUCUAUCAGUGUUAAGGACCUUGGGAGCUGUUAAAAAAACGAGUAUAAAUGAACAGGAAUCUUUUAUUGUAAUGAAAUGUUUAAAAGAUCUCAACCUUUCUAAACUUGUUGAUGAAGAUGAACCUCUGUUGUUAAGUCUUAUUGAUGAUUUGUUUCCUGGUAUCGUAACACAACCAGUUUCGUACCAAAGUUUACAAGCAGCCAUUUCUAACAACCUUUUGGCAUAUAAAUUGAUAAAUUAUCCGGCAUGGAAUCUUAAAAUUUUACAAUUAUUUGAAACCCAGAGAGUGAGACAUGGAAUGAUGACACUAGGACCAUCAGGAGCUGGUAAAACAUGUUGCAUUUAUACGCUUAUGAGAUCAAUGACAGAUUGUGGACAACCACACAAAGAAAUGAGAAUGAAUCCAAAAGCUAUCACCGCUUCUCAAAUGUUUGGCAGACUUGACGUAGCUUCUAAUGAUUGGACGGAUGGUGUUUUUUCAUCUUUGUGGAGAAAAACAUUGAAAGUUAAAAAAAGUGAAUCGGUGUGGCUCGUUUUAGAUGGUCCUGUUGAUGCGAUAUGGAUUGAAAAUUUAAAUUCUGUUUUAGAUGAUACAAAAAAACUAACGCUUGCUAACGGGGAUCGCAUACCAAUGGCGGUUAACUGCAAAAUAAUUUUUGAAGUUCAUAAUAUUGACAAUGCUUCUCCAGCUACUGUAUCAAGAAAUGGAAUGGUUUUUAUGAGUUCUUCGUGUUUAGAAUGGAGACCAAUUUUGCAGGGGUGGCUGUUAACACGAUCUUCCAGUGAGAGUGAAAUAUUGUUAGCACUAUUUGACAAAAUUUAUCAGGAUAUUGUCAAUUUUGGAUAUGGUAAUCUAACUAAAAAAAUGGACGUUCUCCAAUGUAUGGAAAUAAAACAGGCAAUCGAUCUUUUGGAAGGAUUGAUAGGAUCGCAGACGGAUCGUUCCACUCAUCUAACAACAAACCAUCUUCAAAAAAUUUUUAUUUUCAGCUUAAUGUGGAGUUUUGGAAAUCUUCUUGAACUUGAUGGUAGAGUUAAACUUCAAGAAUUUAUGUUGAAUCAUUCUUCCAAGUUAAAUUACCCCAAGUUAAUGGGCGAAAAAACUAUAUUUGAAUAUCUUGUUGAUAGUUCAGGUGAGUGGUUGCAUUGGUCUGAAAAGGUUCCAGAAUAUAUAUAUCCAACAGAUUACGUGCCUGAUUAUGCUAGCAUACUUAUUCCUAAUGUGGAUAAUGUCAGAGCUAAUUUUCUCAUUCAUACUAUUGCUAAACAACAUAAAGCGGUCUUAUUAAUUGGUGAACAAGGCACAGCCAAAACGGUUAUGAUAAAAGGUUAUAUGUCAAAAUACAAUAAAGAAGAACAUUCACAUAAAUCAAUAGUAUUCAGCUCUGCUACUACUCCCAACAUUUUUCAAACAACUAUCGAAAGUUGCGUUGAGAAAAGAAUCGGUGCAACAUACGGCCCGCCUGGUGGUAAAACCAUGACAAUAUUUGUGGAUGAUAUUAACAUGCCGCUUGUAAACGAAUGGGGAGAUCAACCUACUAAUGAAAUUGUAAGACAACUAAUGGAAUUUCGAGGAUUUUAUAACUUAUCAAAACCAGGAGAAUUUUCAUCUGUUAUUGAUUUACAACUGUUAGCUGCUAUGAUUCAUCCUGGGGGUGGUCGGAAUGACAUACCUCAAAGAUUGAAACGUCAAUUUUCAAUAUUUAACUGUACAUUACCAUCAAUUCAUUCAAUGGAUAAAAUAUUCAGAAGUAUUGCUCUCGGUUAUUUUUGUUCAGAAAGAGGCUUUAGCUCCGAAGUUGUCGAUUUUGUAGAAGAUUUAAUAUCUUUAACCCGAGUAGUAUGGCAGAGAACGAAAAGUAAAAUGCUACCCACGCCUGCUAAAUUUCAUUAUGUAUUUAAUUUGAGAGACCUUUCACGUAUAUGGGAAGGCAUUUUAAUGGUAAAAGCGCCACAAUGUACUUCAGAAGCCAUUAUAGCAUCAUUGUGGAAGCACGAAUGUACAAGAGUUAUUGCUGAUCGAUUUGUUUCUGCUGAAGAUCGCAAGUGGUUUGAAAAUGAGAUAUCGCAGCCAAUUAUAAUGGAUGAUCCAAUCGUUUUAAGCAGCAUGAAUGAACCAUACUUUGUUGACAUUUUAAAAGACGAGCCUGAAUUAACUGGAGACGAGCCUGAAGAUUUUGAGGCUGGGAUGCCAAGAAUUUAUGAAAAGAUCCCGUCAAUGGAUGUUUUGCAAAACAGAUUAUCUACUUUUAUGAAGCAAUACAUAGAAAAUAUUCGUGGAACUACCUUGAACAUGGUUUUGUUUAAGGAUGCUAUGACACACAUCGUUAAGGUUUUAAGAAUUAUUCGUACACCUGGUGGAAAUGCACUUCUUGUUGGUGUGGGUGGUUCCGGAAAACAAUCCACAGCAAAAUUAGCAUCGUUUAUUUACGGAUAUAAAGUUUUUCAAAUAACUUUGAAUCGAACAUACAACACUUCAAAUUUGUUAGAAGAUCUUAAAAAUUUGAUGAAGUCAACGGGUGGCUCGGGCCAAGGAUUCACAUUUGUUUUCACAGAUAAUGAAAUCAAAGAAGAAUCAUUUCUCGAUUAUAUUAACAAUUUACUCAGUACUGGUGAAAUAUCUGGACUUUUUCCUAGAGUAAGUUUUGUUUAG